UAUUGGGUGUUAGACAGAGACAUCUGAUGUGUGUGAGCAGCUUACAUAUCACGCGAACUCAGAGUCUCUUUAUUUUACAUAAAAAUAAUACGCAGGAAGACAAGAAGCUCAACUCUGAACCAAUUACAUUCAUUGAAAUUCUUGCCGCUUUAACACUCAGGCGGUGAGGAUGUCGACGCCGGCUAGGAAAAGAUUGAUGAGGGAUUUUAAGCGGUUACAGCAGGAUCCGCCUGCUGGUAUCAGUGGUGCUCCUUACGACAACAAUAUAAUGCUUUGGAAUGCUGUUAUAUUCGGUCCUGAUGACACACCUUGGGAUGGAGGUACGUUUAAGCUGACACUUCAAUUUUCGGAGGAUUACCCCAACAAGCCUCCAACGGUUCGAUUUGUAUCCAGGAUGUUCCAUCCGAAUAUUUAUGCCGAUGGGAGUAUUUGCCUAGACAUACUGCAAAAUCAGUGGAGUCCUAUAUAUGACGUUGCUGCUAUACUCACUUCAAUCCAGUCUUUGCUUUGUGAUCCAAACCCAAACUCGCCUGCUAAUUCAGAAGCAGCUCGCAUGUUCAGUGAGAACAAGCGUGAGUACAACAGGAAGGUGCGUGAGAUUGUUGAGCAGAGCUGGACGGCUGACUGACAUCCUUCUGGCUGAAUCUGUUACGGGAGAUUUUCCUGGUAGGAUUGCCAGGUCAAGCUGCAAUGUUCUCCCUGCUGUUGCUACAUUAAUAAUAAAUGUAGCAUGAAAUUGUCCUUUCAUGUGCUGUUUAGAAACUCUGAUUGUCUUUUAUCUUCAUGUUCUGUUACUCUGAUACAGUGUAUAUAUUGAUCACUUUGUAUUUUAAUUGUAUGAAACUCUUUUCUGUUGGUCAUCAUAAGACCUUCAAUGGAAAAUGGAUAAAUAUCAGAUAUUUUUGUUUAGCAAUGGAAAUUGUGCAUUAUCAUUGA